AGCUAACAGCGACAUGGGGCUGCUGUUUUUAUUCACUAUUUUAGGAGUGACGUCAGUCCAGUUGGUGACAGCUGACUGUCCGGCGGUGUGCGAAUGCCCGGCAGUGCCCCCAUCCUGUCCGCCUGGAAUAAGUUCAGUCCCUGACGGCUGCGGCUGCUGCAAGGUGUGCGCUGCGCAGUUGAACCAAGACUGCCACGAGGAACGCCCGUGUGACCACCAUAAAGGACUGGAGUGCAACUACGGCAACGAUGUGAGCCGAGCCCAUGGCAUCUGCAGGGCAAAGGCAGAGGGUCGCUCCUGCGAGUACAACGGCCGAAUUUAUCAGAACGGUGAGAACUUCCAAGCUGGCUGCAAGCACCAGUGUACCUGCAUCAAUGGAGCUGUUGGAUGUGUGCCUCUUUGUCCCAGCCACGUGCCCUUAGCUUCCCCUUCCUGUCCGACCCCGCAACUCGUCAAAGUGCCAGGCCAGUGCUGUCUCAGUGUUGACUGCCAUAAGGGAACCCCUGCUGUACCCCCAGCUCAUCAUUGGCCACCUUACCCCUUCAUGCCUUACCCGGCCUAUCCCUACUCCAAGCCUUAUCCAAAACCUUACCGUAAGUUGUACCCUUACAAACCCAAAAAGGACAAGGGUACCUUGGGCAACGAACUUUUGGAAUUUGAGCACCAAUGGGACAAGCCACAUGGAAACAAACACCUGACGGCCUGGGAUAAGUUAGGAGUCCACUGCGUAGUUCAAACCACUUCCUGGUCCGAGUGUUCCCGAAGCUGUGGAAUGGGCAUUUCCUCUCGGGUCACCAACAACAACGCCCGGUGUAAGAUGAUGAAGGAGACUCGGCUGUGCAACAUUCGGCCAUGCAGCUCCAUGUCUAUCCCCGUUAAGAAAGGAAGGAAGUGCUCUCGUACCCACAAGGCCCCAGAGCCGCACCGUUUGUCCUAUUCUGGCUGCAGGAGCACCCGCCUGUACAGGCCCAACUACUGCGGAGUCUGCCAGGACGGCCGUUGCUGCUCCCCCCGUCGUGCACGCACAGCCACAGUGACCUUUGUCUGCCCCCAUGGAGAUCACUUCAGCAGGUCUGUGAUGUUCAUCCAGUCCUGCAAGUGCAGCGACGAGUGCAACCACCUCAACGAGGCGGCCAUGCCGCCCCAGCAGUGGCUCUAUGGAGAUACGCACAAGUUCAACGACUAGCCCCAUUACCCGCACCUUACCUACAUUCCUCCAUGAAAAGUACAAAAUAUCCCCUCGGUAGCAGUGCCAAUUUUAGAGUAGCCGGCUUGUGUGCCGUCAAGCAGAAGGGAGCAGACGUCACAUCUCAGAACAGCUUUUCAAGAAGAAUAUUUGGGAAAAUAAUCGGAAAAGGCAGCUAAAAUCACAAGAGCAACCAUCUAGUAAGAGCUUCCCCUGCUUUAGAGUAGAUCGUUGUGUUUUGGUCUGACCGGACUUCAAAUUGUGACCAAAUCUUUCUGUAAGAUUUGGACGCAGUCAUUCAUCGGUUUUUUGCCAUGCUCCAAAAUAUUCCAUGAACUCUGGGACUUCUGGGAAACGAUGGAGAGACAAAAACUCACCCACGGAGGACGGUGUCUUGUAUUCUUCUUCUGUGAACGUAACACUUGCUGAGGGAUAGAUGCUACUAGCUGAUAGAAAACUGGUUUUGUAACAAACCAGCUGGAAGCGUAGAUGAGAAUUGAGAACGGAAAACCGGCAACGAGGAUUCUUGUAGAGGACUUGACAAGAACGGGAUGCUGUUGGGCAAAGUUGACUUUUUAUAUUUAUUUGCUGAUAUUUAUUGUUCAGACACCGUGCCUUGCUACAGGAUACGUUGGUUUUGCUGCAGCAUGUUUGGAUUUGAACAAGGAUCUGAGAGGGUCGAAUCGCAGCGGAAAACUGGAGGAGACAUUUCCCUCUGAUCUGGAACACGUCUAACGUUAGACGUG